GAAGGUGGUAGAUCAAAUUUCAUGAGACAUUUGCAAUACGUCGCUAAGCGCAUGCGGACAAUGUAACGCAGCCUCUUGCACGCCAAACACACACUGUUGCAAACUCACAAUUGACCAGCGCUGGCCCCAAAUUCUGCUGUAAUAUAUGUACUUCACCAAUGAUUGAUGUUGCAUUGUCCUAACACGACCGCACAACAAACAGAUCAGACCCUCAUGAUCUAGUGCAGUGGAAUUCGACUGCCACUCACUCCCAUGCCCUUCAGUGAUCUGCACGUUUAAAGACACAGAGGCUGAUUGCUGACAGCUGUGCAAUUCUAAUCGUUCCAACACAAGGUUCCAGACUGAAUCAGCCCGGCUGAUGACAACUUCUUGGGGUCAUACGUCACAUAGCUUUGGAAGUAAACAAGUAAAACAACACGGAUGCUGCAAAUCCAUGGCAAGAAUAUAGAUGCGGCUCCCAAACCUGCUCUGCCGAUAUUGCGCUCACUCCAUAAUAUGAACUGGGUGGGUCUCAAGUAUGCAGCGUUGCUGCACAGACUUGCUUUGUUGCAAACAUCCCGACAGGCGAAAGCGGGAAUAAUUGGCAUUAUUGCUGCAAGCCUCUGAGGUAACCCCAAGUUUGCUCCACUGCCGAAACAGCCCUCACCAGUAGAAAAGCCAUCAAGUGAAAAGAAUAUAUCAG